AUGAACUUUUAAAAAAAAAUAGUAAAAUUAGAUUUGUAUUUUGAAAAAUUUUGCAAUCCCAAGUAAGUGGAGAAAGAGAUUAACAAUACCAAUAUUUAAAAAUAUUUAAAUUCAACCUUCGAUAUAAAUGAUAAAGAUAUUUAGGAUGAAUGUAAUAAUGUAAAAAUAUCAGAUUAAUAAUCAAUGAAUAAAUGUUAUUAGAAAGUAAUCAGACCAAAAAUCAUGGAAAUAUGCAUGGAUGUAUACAAUAAAUUAGGAGAAUAAUGCAAUAUUUUUAUAGAUUGCGAAUUCAUGGAACCAAUAGAAAUAAUUUUUGAGAACUAGUACAAUGACCAUUUGAACAGUCAUAUAAAGAAAUUUAAGUCACAAACAAGCGAAUACUAAAUGCAGAAUGCGAGUCAAUAUUAAAUACAAUAAAUUUAAUAAUAAUGCGAAGAGUUAUAAUAAAUAACUAAUUUUGAACCAAAAUUAUUGGUGAAAAAUGCUAUUGACUAUAUGAAAAAUUAAUAAAUGAUUAAUAAUGAUGGAAUCACCGUUUCAAAUCAAUUUAUGAAUAAGUUUAAUAAUUACUUGAGCCAAUAAAAUUAUCCUAUUAUGAUGAUUUAGAUUAUGGAAUAAGUUAUGAAUAGCAGUCUUUAGGAAUUAGAAAAUUUGAAAUAAAACUCUCAGGAAAAACUAUUUGCAAAAGCUUUAAUUCAAGCUGUAGAAAUAGAAAUGAUUGAUGAAAUAGAGAAAUAAAUCUUUAAAUCAAAAAUAAAGAAAUACGAUAAAAUGUUAUCAAGUCAAUUAUGA